CCUUUUUCUCUCUCACUAGUCUCCCCUCAACCCAAGCCAAAGUCCUGACUCAACCACACCAGCGUCGACGGCGGCGCGUGGGGGAACUCUUCCAUGUACUGCUGACUUCAGUUCAGACUACACAGCGAAAUGGGUCAGGGCUUGAGUUGCAGAGAACGCCAUGAAAAUGCUCUAUUUGGAGCUAUCAGAGAUGGUGAACUGGAGCUCGUCGAGACCCUGGCGGAGGCCAACCGAUCCUCAUUGGUGCAGACCAUCGGUCGAGGCAAGCUGUCUCCACUGCAUGUGGCGGCCGCCAACGGUCGAUUGGAGGUUCUUUCCAUGAUCUUGGAUCGGUGUGGUAACCCAGACGUUCUGAAUCGUCACAAACAGACUCCAUUAAUGCUGGCUACUAUGCAUGGAAAUAUCGCUUGCGUACAAAGGCUUAUAGAAGCAGGAGCUAAUAUAUUGAUGUUUGAUUCCGUAAAUGGAAGAACCUGUCUGCAUUAUGCUUCUUACUAUGGUCAUUCAGAUUGCUUGAAAGUCAUUCUCUCCGCUGCUCGCUCCAACACUGUUGCAAAUUCGUGGGGAUAUGCAAGAUUUGUGAAUAUAAGAGAUGGAGGUGGGGCUACCCCACUGCAUUUAGCAGCACGUCACAGACGACCUGAGUGUGUUCAUGUCCUUUUAGACCACGGAGCUCUUGUGUGUGCAUCUACUGGUGGAUAUAGCUAUCCAGGAAGUACGCCACUUCACUUGGCUGCUCGUGGAGGUUCUUUGGAGUGUGUUCGCGAGUUGCUUGCAUGGGGAGCAAAUAGGCUUCAACUAGACUCAUCUGGGAGAAUACCAUUUACAAUUGCUUUAAAGCAUAAAAACAGGGCUUGUGCAGCUUUACUGAACCCCUCAGCCGCAGAGCCUCUUGUAUGGCCAUCUCCUUUGAAGUUCAUCAGUGAGCUUAAUCCAGAUGCAAAAGCAUUGUUAGAGAGGGCUUUAAUGGAAGCAAAUUUGGAGAGAGAGAAGGUUAUAUUGAAGGAGGCAGUCUCAGAAUCAUCUCCUUUGAAUUCUGAUGUUGAGAUGGAUGAUAAUGCCUCUGAGGCCAGCGAGGAUGAGCUAUGCUGCAUUUGUUUUGACCAGUUGUGCACCAUUGAGGUCAGACCAUGCGGUCAUCAAAUGUGUGCUCACUGCAUUCUAGCCCUGUGCUGCCAUAAGAAGCCCAAUUCAUUGACAACAUGUGCUGCAGCCCCAUUGUGCCCCUUCUGCCGAAGCAGUAUUAGCCAACUAGUUGUUGCAAACAUCAACACCAAUAAUGAGAGAGACAUAGAAAGUAGUCUUUCAAAGCCAAGGAGAUCAGGUUCAAAUUUCAGUGAAGGUAGCAACAGCUUCAAGAGCUUAUCAGCUAUAGGCUCAUUUGGGAGGAUGAGUGGGCGUACUUCAGGAAAAGUUGCUGCUGAAUCGAGUGAGGAUGUUGACAAGCCUUAAAUAAAGCUUAUGAUGUUUGCUUUUUUGAGAGUGGUGUUGACGAUCCAGCCGAUGGAGCUCUCUCGGACUUUCUUCCAAGGGCACUGCUAGGAUCCUCUUGGGGGAAGUGAGUACGAGUCUUUGAAUACAAGUUUAGCGUGAUCUCGAUGUGCUAAGCAUAUAAGAGGAUUGUUGCAUCUUGUUUCUUGCUUUUAAUUUUAAUUUUUUAAUUUUAUUUUAUAGAUUGAAACAGCAGCAAUGCUUCUAGAGUUCUCUUUUCCAGAUCCAUAUGUAAUCCCGUAUAAUAUAUGGCAAUCCUUACAAUUAAGGCAAUGUAUUAUCUUUUGAGAGAACAAGUCUAUGAGCCCUGUUAAAAAAAAUAUUGUUUCUCUUCUCUA